CAGUAAUUUUGAAUUAUGGGAGGUCAUGGUGGUUUGAAUAUUCUUCCACAGAAGCGGUGGAAUGUGUACAAUUAUGAAAACAGAGAAAAAGUCCGUCAAGACGAAGAGGCUGCUGCGAAAGAAGAGCAACUCAAGCGUGAACAGGCCAGAAAACGAGAUGCUGAAUUUCGUUUACAGCAGCUUUGUGCUGCCCGUGGUUUGUCUCCGUUGAAACGAGUUGAAGAGGCAGCUGGAGAGGCUGCUGCAGAGCAUGUUAAAUCUGAACCAAAGUCGAAUCAUAUUAAUCUCUUUGAAGGGAUUAAGAUUUUUGACCCAAUUAAAGGGUUGGAGAAAGGGGGUGGUGAAGAGAAAGAUGGGUUUAAGAGGAAGAAGAUGAGGAAAGAGGAGGAGGCGUCGAAAAAAGUUGUGACACUAGAUGAUGAGAAGUAUAGGCUGGGUUAUUGGGUAGCCGGGAAACGGGUUAAGUUGCCGUGGUAUCUUGAGCGGAGGAGCAAUGGUGAUGUAGAUGCUGAGAAUUGUAUGGAUGAUGGGUUGGUGAGAGUGCAAAAGGAGGAGCAAAAGAAGGGAGGGAAGAAGACGCUACAAGAAUUGAGAGAAGAACGGUUGAAAAGGGAAAAGAAGGAGAAAGAGACGGAACGAGCAUUGUUUAUGGAGAAGAGUCACAGAGAGAGGACUUUUUCAAGGGAUAGAGGUUUUUACAGGAGGUGAGCUUCAUGAAAUUUCAUAUUGUAUAUAACUAACGCUAGAAAUGUGUUUGGCCUCUUUCUGGUUUUAUGUGGCCAACU